AUGAAAUUAUUUUCCAAGUUUUACAUUCAAGAAUUUUCUCUAUUUUAUCUGAAAAAUUCAAAGAAAAUUCUCUUCCCCAUAUUUGUUCCUCUCACGCUCGCCAUACUCCAUCUCUCUCAUCCAUGGCACCGACCACACAACUUCAUGGCACCGGCCAUGCUUCAAGUGGCACCAGCCACACCUUUUAGUGGCUCCCGCCACCUCUCUCUUCUCUCAGAAAGUGGCUCCAGCCACCUUCACUCUCUCCUUGUACUCCGUCCGCCAUGCCUAAGCAAGCGCCCACCGCCAGCAUCCAAGCCGUCCGCCACGCUUCAUCAAGCGACCGUCACAACUAAAAUUCUCGUUGUUUCAUUCGUGAUUUCAGCCGACUCUUUCAUUUUUUCACUCCGAUUCAACGUCACCGAUUAA